ACAUUUUAUCUUUUGACACUGUAAGAGCCAUUUUUGUCCUCACUUUACAUUGUCAUGUAUGUGUGUGUCCAGUAGGGGUCACUCUAGGGUAAUUGUUGACAGAAUAUAGGUGGGAACUUUCCCUCAGGUAACAGGUGUUGCUGGAGGGAAGGUGCACACAGUUUUUUGACCAUUACUCUAGGCUGUUUUACCACGCUAUCCAGGUUAUUUGUAUUGGUGAAGGACUGGUGGAUUUUUUGUCUGUGUGUUUGGAUUCUUGUCUACUUGGAAAUGAAGACCAGUCACUGUAAAAUCAGAGUAAGAGAAAGUCAUCAGAUGAACACAGGAAGAGCUGAUAGUAUUUAAAGAAAGAGUUGUGAGCAUAUAAUGAAGAGGAAGACUGACAGAAAGAGAAAAUGGCUGAUAAGUGUCAUUUGUGUCUGCUGGGACUGAUCAUUCUCUCUUCACUUCUCACAGGUACCAGUGGAGUGGAUGAUGAUCAUGUGUUCAUCAGUUCUUUUGAAAAUGUCCGUCUGCCCUGUAAUAAUGAUCUUCAUGACUGCAAAUCAACUACAUGGAACUAUAAUAACAGUCAUUCAUCAGCAGUUGAACUGAUUGUUUUAGGAAAAAAAAGGAAAGACACAGAGAGACAUGAGAGACUGAGUCUGGGGUCUGACUGCUCUCUGAACAUCAAGAACGUCAUAAAAGAAGAUUCUGGAUCUUACACCUGCCAACAAUGGACAGGUGUAAAUGGACUACAUCAAAAACAAGCAACUGAUGCACAUGUUUAUCUGCAUGUUCUUCAUGGUAAUUUUACAAUUAUGUGGUCAGAGAUCAGUGCAGGCAGCUCUGUGACUCUCUACUGUCAGUUGUAUUCAUAUACUGGAGUCUCUUGUGAUGAUUGGAUCCAUUCUGAGGCAAUUCAGCUGUUCUGGGUGAAUCAGGCUGGUGUUAAACUGACAAUAUCAGACUCCAGAUAUCAGGAAUCAGCUUCAGGAUACUGUAUCAUUACUCUGAAUAAAACACUCCUGAAUGAAGAUGACAACAGAGAGUGGAGAUGUGAAGUUACUCACAGAAAUCAAGUCAAAAUCACAUAUACUGUCAAGAAACCAGCUCAAGAUAAAACAACGACAGCAGUGAUUCCAGUCCACAUCACAAAAUCAACUACAACGACAGCAGUAACUUCUACAAGAGUUGUAACAUCAACUACAGCACUGAAUCCAAACACCGCACCAAUAUCUCUGAAUCAAGUGUUUGUGAUUGUGAUUGUUGUCGGCGCUUUAUUCGCUGUUCUCCUUCCUGCUCUGAUUCUUUGGCUGAUUCGGAAGAAAAGAGUUG